AGCGACAUGGUCCCAGUUCUCAACGUCCUCUCCCGUCAGAACACUCUGUUUUUAAUGACUGUUUUAUAAAGCGAAACCUCUGCGUGUGCAUUCAAAGAGAAGUUGGAGAACUGAAUAUUCGUGUCCGCGUGGAUGACAUACAGUAAGGAUUUGCAGGGGAAUGCCUCAGGCGCAUUAAAGGCUAAUACUAUUUUUCAAAAACGGUGGUAUUGUGUUUAACGCUCAUAAUCGGGGACUUUUGGAAACUCAUGCAGGACUGUUUUUUAAAUGUUAUUUUGAAUUGCAUUUUUUUUUUCCAUAAGAACAAUAGCAGCAAAGGAACUAUUCGCGUCCCUUACACGUUGUUGACUCGGGUAAAGCCAGCGUUACUAUCGCUCUGAGGACAAACGUAGCCUUCGUCCUCAAUGCCCUUUUCCCCAGAAGGAAAUUUCUCGGACCGUUUGGAAUAAUUUGAAUCGCUAGUAUAACUUGUCAGACCUGUGGCUGUACACCUCUCUGCGAACUCCGCGCGAGCGUAAAACACACUUCGCCGCGCGGACAGGAGAACGGCACCAUGGUCCGGCACUGAGACGAAUCGGGACAGAACCAGGGACGUGCGCUCUGACCGGAUAGCUACUUGUGUGGCGCUGAUCUUCUGAACAUGAAGACGGCCGCGAGUCAGAUCGUCGGGAUUUAUUUUCUGGGGUUAUUCGUCCUGAUUCCGAGCUUCUGGACCACAGACACGAACGGAUAUGGAGACUCCAUUUUGGGCCCUGUCCUGUUCUCUAAUGUGUCCAACCUCAGCACUUUCCUGCUGGACCCCAGCUCAGGUACGCUGUACCUGGGGGCGCGGGACGCCAUCUUGGCCCUGGACUCCACCACACUGAGGCAGAAACACACGCAGAUCAUUUGGAACGUUCCGGAAGACAAGCGGCGGUCCUGCAUGGGAAAGGGAAAGACUGAGGGAGACUGUCACAACUACAUCAGGCUGCUGGAGUUUGUGGACUGGGGGCAGAUCUACGUCUGUGGCACCUACGCCUUCGACCCACAGUGCGCUGUCAUCAACACGCUGGACUUCUCUCUGCAGCGUGCGGAGGAUGGCAGUGUGAUGAUGGAGACGGGGAAGGGGAAAUGCCCCUUUGAGCCCAGCCAGCACUACACUGCAGUUAUGGCAGAUGGAGUGCUGUAUGCUGCUACCACCAGUAACUUCCUGGGCACACUUUUUGAUAUCUCCCGGGCGACAGGCCCUGAAGGGGAACGCAUUCGCAUCGAGCGAUCAAUCAACUGGCUCAGUGACCCAGAGUUUGUGAGUUCCUCCUUCAUUAAGGAGCGGGCAGACGGCCCUGCCGGGGACGAUGAUAAGAUCUACUUCUUCUUCACGGAGGUUGCCAAGGAGUAUGACCUCUACACCAAGGUCAAAGUGCCCAGGGUGGCCCGUGUCUGCAAGGGGGACGUGGGGGGGAUGAAGACCCUUCAGAAGCGCUGGACCACCUUCCUGAAGGCGCAGCUGGUGUGUGAGGACCGGCCGGGCAGCCAGCGCUACAACAUCCUCACCAACGUGUUCACCACAGAGCACCGGCCCGGAGACCCCACCUCCACACACUUCUACGGCAUCUUCACCUCCCAGUGGGAGAGUGAGGCGCUCUCUGCAGUGUGUGUGUACAGUCUGGCUGAUAUCAGUAAGGUGAUGGCGGGCCCCUUCAAGGACUUGAAGAAGUGUGAAAACUGGAUGAAUCCAGAUCCCAUUCCCAGGCCCAGGCCAGGACAAUGUAUCAGCAGUGCUCUGAAGGCUGAGGGCUUCGAGUCGUCUCUCAAACUGCCGGACAAAGUGCUGACGUUCGUGCGGGAUCACCCUCUGAUGGAGAACAGCGUCAUCGCAGCGCCCCUGCUGGUGCGGAGGGGAAUCACCUACACCAGGAUCGCCGUCACCUUAACGACUGCUGCCCACGGCGACCAGGGCGGAGCGGCUGUCCUGCUGCUGGGCACGGAUCGGGGGGAGCUGCACAGGGUUUCGGUCGUGGGGCAGAACGCCACCCUCCUGCAGGAGCUCCCACUGUUUACUGCCCAGGAGCCAAUCACCAACAUCCUGCUGCACCAGGCGCAGGCGUUGGUGGGGACCCCGCUCUCUCUGGUGCGUGUGGGGGUGGGGGGGUGUGGGGUGUACCUCAGCUGUGAGGAGUGUGGCCGUGCCCGGAGCCUGGGCUGCAUCUGGAGCCUCAAACUGGGAGCCUGUACCCCCAUCCCCAUAGGGUCACAGGUGGAUGAGUCUGAAGACCCUCUGAAGCUGUGUGACAGAGGAGAGGCGCUGUGCGCGCCCGUGCCCCAGGACCUGCGUGUGACCCUGGGUCUGCGUGUGUUGCUGCCCUGCCCCCAGGUGUCGCCCCGGCCCUGCCGCUGGGAGCACCCCCCCGACCGCCACACCCGGCAGCACCACGGCCACCUGGAGGUCACCGUGACCACGGCCAGCCUGGGCUCCUACACCUGCUACUGCGCCGGGGGCCGGGGGGAGGGGGGCUGCGGCCGGGCCGCCUACACGCUGUCGCUGGAGGGCCCGCGCGCGGGGGGGUCGGUGGGGCCCGGGGGCCGGGGCCGGCAGGUGGUGGCGGUGUACCUGCUGUGUUUCGCCGCGGGCGUGGUUGUGGGCGGAGUCCUGCUGCACCUGUGCAGGAAGCGCGGCGUGGAGGGCGGGGCCGCGGGGGAGAAGGGGCGGGGCCUGCUGCCGGACACGCCCCUGACUCCCAGCAGCCCCAGCCUGCUGUCGGAGGGCGUGCCGCUCACGCAGAAGAGGAACGGCACGCUGAACGGGCACAGCGCGGGCGGAGUCUACGCCAGCGGAGCCCGCCUGCAGGAGAGCGCAGCCAACCUGGGGACGGGGGCGGGGCCGGGGGCGGGGCUAGAGGACGGGUUCAUGCUGGAGGACGACCGCUCAGAGCCAAAAACAUUUCCUGAAGCACCACUGGCCCAGUGUGAGGAGAGCUCAAUGUAGCACUCACACACACACUCACACACACUCACACACACACUCACACACACACACACACACACACACACUCACACACACACUCACACACACACACACACACACUCACACACACACACACACACACACACACUCACACACACACACACACACACUCACACACACACACACACACACACACACACACACACACACACUCACACACACACACACACACACACACACACACACACUCACACACACACACACACACACACACAC